UGGACUUUUUCAGACAUCUACCACCGGGGUUUAAAUGUUUGUUUCCUUCAUCCUCAGAUAUCAUGUCGCAUCACGCCACUGGGUUGAUAAACUCGGAACAGGAGUCCUUGAUUGGCCGUGUGUUUGAAAACUACGUGACAGAGCAUCAUUAUGAAGACAUCCUCCACCUGGCUGCAGAUGGGGAGGACGACACCCACCACGCCGUCGUUAUUAAUGCGAUGACACUGUUUGAAGACAACAUGGAGGUUGGAGACUAUUUUAAUGUGUAUCCCAACGAUGUCCUGGCGAUAUUUGAUAAAGUUUUACACCAGAUAGCUGUGAAGGUUUCAAAGGAAGCUUUCUCCAAAAAAUAUGGACAAGUAUCAACAAAAGAUCCCAGACUGAGAUGCACUCUUCAUGCUCGAAUUACAGGUCUGCCCGUUUGUCCAGAACUCACUAGAGACACUAUUCCCAGGUCCAGAGACGUGGGACACUUCCUGUCAAUCACUGGCACCGUCAUUCGCACCAGUGUUGCUAAGGUGCUGGAAUUCAGCCGUGACUACAUGUGUGCCAAAUGUCGACACGUUUUCACGGUGCAGGCGGAUUUUGACCAGUUCUAUACCUUCGUCAGUCCGGUGGUUUGUCCGAACCCUGAUGGCUGUAGCUCAUGUAAGUUCAGCUGUCUGUCUGGAGACGCUGAGCCGGCCGCCUGCAGAGACUACCAGGAGGUCAAGAUACAGGAGCAGGUGCAGAGGCUGUCUGUAGGCAGUAUUCCUCGGUCCAUGGUUGUAGUUUUGGAGGAUGACUUGGUUGACAGUUGUAAAUCUGGUGAUGAUGUGACUGUUUAUGGGGUAAUGUGUCAGCGCUGGAAGCCUUUUCGUGAUGGCACUCAGUGUGAGGUGGACCUGGUACUAAAGGCCAACAACAUAGAAGUGAACAACCAGCAGGCGGCAGCUGGUCUGCUCAUGGAGGAGGUCCAGAAAGAAUUUGAAGAUUUCUGGGACAGUUUCAGACAUGAUCCCCUGUCUGGUAGGGAUCAGAUCUUGGUGAGCUUGUGUCCUCAGAUUUUUGGAAUGUAUGUCAUCAAACUGGCAGUGGCGAUGGUUAUGGCCGGUGGAGUCCAGAGGACUGAUUCAUCUGGGACCAAAGUCAGGGGUGAGUGUCAUAUGCUGCUGGUUGGUGACCCUGGCACUGGGAAGUCUCAGUUCUUAAAGUACGCAGCCAAGAUUAUGCCUCGUUCUGUCCUGACGGCUGGGAUUGGAUCAACUAGUGCAGGACUGACGGUGGCAGCAGUAAAGGAUGGGGGUGAGUGGCACCUGGAGGCGGGGGCUUUGGUUCUGUCUGAUGGAGGGUUAUGCUGCAUCGAUGAGUUCAACAGCAUAAAGGAACAUGAUCGCAUCAGCAUUCAUGAAGCAAUGGAGCAGCAGUCCAUCAGCGUGGCCAAAGCUGGUAUGGUGUGUAAGCUGAACACUCGAACCACCAUCCUGGCUGCCACCAACCCUAAAGGCCAGUAUAACUCUGAGGAGCCGCUCUCGGUCAACGUCGCUCUUGCGAGUCCUUUGCUGAGUCGUUUUGACCUGGUUCUGGUUCUGCUGGACACCAGAAACGCAGAGUGGGACCAGAUCAUCUCCUCUUUCAUUCUGGAGGACAGAGGUGUUCCUGUUGAGUCCUCCAGCCUGUGGUCCAUGGAGAAGAUGAAAGCUUAUUUCUGUGUCAUCAAACGCUUUCAGCCACAGUUGUCAGAGGACGCCAACAGCAUCUUAACCAGUUACUACCAGCUGCAGAGACAGAGUAAUGGUCGCAAUGCUGCUCGAACCACCAUCCGCAUGUUGGAGAGUCUGAGCAGACUGGCUGAAGCACACGCCAAGCUCAUGUACAGAGAAAUCGUCACCAUAGAGGACGCAGUCAUGGCGGUGUCUGUUAUGGAAUGCUCCAUGCAGGGCGGUGCUCUGCUUGGAAAUGUCAAUGCGUUACUGACCUCGUUCCCUGCUAACCCUGCUCAGCAGUAUGAAACUCAGUGUCAGCUGUUGUUGGAAGGACUGAAGCUGCCCCGGCUGCUUCAGAAGGAGAUGGACCGACUGCACAAGUUAAAGAGAAAAACAUCUAAAGACGACAAACCAACCGAUAAUCCCAGAGGUGCACAUUUUAUGGACAGAUCCUCCUCCAGUGACCUCAGCGGUAACUGUGACUCGGAGUGGUUGAACUGGAUCAGUCCCUCGCCGUCAUCGGCUGAUACCGUCUGUCCAGUUAUUACGUCGACACAACACGUGGAUACAAAUACAAAACGCCGUUCGACAGAAGUGUCUUCAGCAACCAAACAGCCGCAUGAUAAACAUCAGAAAGAAACUCCAAGCUCAACAAAUAAUGAAAGUGAAAUGCACCACGACCCCCGUGUGAGCUCGACUGGGUCUGCAUUUCAACGAGUUCAAGACAGACGACUUAAGCGGGAUCAUCGGCAGAACGGCAAAGACGGAACAGUAGCAGGUAGAGAAGGGAUGGUGUUGGUAGAGCAUGCAGGUACAAAGGUACCAGACGCUCUAGGUAAGACCGCCGAUCCAAUCAGAGGUACCACACCGGCCUCAGGUAAGAACCGCCUUUUAAAUGACCCGCCUCCGGAAAGUUUAUCAUGUGGUAAAGACCAGAGUGGGACCGAAAACAGACGCACUGUGGAAGUAGAAGACAACCUCCAAGAAAAGUUGUCAGAUUUUAGGUUUAAACCAAGAAAAAUGGCACGUUCCGUCGGUAACCAGGACUCUGACAGCGGUUCAAAGGUCAAUGACGACUGUGAACGAAACAUUCAGGAAGUGUCCACCACCGACAACAUAAUGAGAAGAACCGGUCGACAGAACACGGAGAGUUCUGCAAACGGUGUCACUGGAGGUACAGGAAAAGAUACCAGAGCAAAGGGACAGAAGUGCCCAGGUCCGGUGGAAAACGGGAGGCAGCGCAUGCCCUCCACCCAUGAGCCGGGAAGCAGGGGCUUUGAAGACACUUCCUGUUUGACAUCCGAGCAGCGGCAGAAGAGUGGAUCAGCCCAAGGAAGGACCACACGGAAAAUAAACGGGGUUGAAGACGGUGGCCUUGUAAAGGUGGAUGGGUUCUCCUGUACAAGUCCUUCAAACGCCGAUCCUGUACCGUCCACAUCCAAAUCCACGGUGGCAUCCUCAACUUUGGCUAAACUUGCAAGGUUUUCUUUCACUGUUGCAACUGAGAACAGAACCACAAGUCCAGAGAAAGAGUCCAGAACCUUACUCUGCAGUUCAAGUGGAACAGAAAACAGAGUUGACUGCGUUCACUCUAGUUCUAAAAAUGAUAAAAGUAGGAAUUCCCCCACACGACAAGUCUUUCAGAAGACCCAAACUGCACCUUCAGUGACCACAAACACAAAGGCGCCAAGAACAAGACCUCAACAGGACGCGGUGACGGAAUCUCAGCCUAAACCCACGCCACCAGAGCCCAUUCCUCCUGUAGGCCAGUGGGCUGGGGACGGUUUCCACAAGCAUCAAAGCACUGGUAAUGCCAACAAGAGGAAGUGUUUUGAGCUGGCCCCUCCCCCAGCCCCUCCCCCGCGGACAGAGCCGUUUUUGCACGCGUCUCUGUUCGGCGGCGCUGAAUUAAGCGAUGACGUUCUCGACACCGACUGGGACCAAGAGGUUUCAAAGAAAGCCAAAGUCUGAAGUUCUGGAUUAACCCAUGAAGACCCAAACAUCCAACACCAACCAAAACCAUCUACUGAUGCCAAUGUUUAACCCACAGGUGUCAA